GUUUGGAAACUGUUUGGAUUACCGUUUAUGCCAAGUAAAGCUGUGUUCAACGUUACUACAAGUCUGGGCUCCAUUUAUUCUACUUAUUCAUCAUCCAAGUUCAACUCCCCUUUUUGCACUGCUUUGGACUACAUCACGUCUGGGUUCCAAGGAUAUCCAGGCAUGGCUGAAUAUCGUCGGUACCUGAUGCCUGCUUUACUAAUCGCUGGAUGGUUCAUUGGCUGUGGAGUGAUGGUGUAUGUCAUUUUCUCAUGAAAAGAAUAGAGCUGCCAAUGUCUGAAGAACUGAAGACUCCUUUCUCCAUGAGCCAUCUUAUACUAAUUCCAGUGUAGCAUCCCAUGAAGAUGCAGUACCAAGAUUAAAAUUUUGAGAAUAGCAUAAAUAGUAAAAUGUGUUUUUUCUGUUUUUAAAUGUAUGCCACAUGUACAUUGAAUGCAAUUUAAAUUAAAUAUUUGAUUGGA